AUGUCAUCGCAGAUCAUACCUAUCAAGGAUCAGGCAGCUCUGGUUCUUGAAGAUGGUAAAAUAUACAAGAUUCAGCAUCGUAGACAGAGAAAAAUUCUGAGCUGCGUUGCAUGUCAUAAGAGAAAGAUCAAGUGCACGAGGGAAACGCCAAGUUGUUCUAUAUGUCUCAAAAAGGGUAUUGAAUGCCAUUAUUUCCUCAAUGAUCGUAUCUCUCGUGGUGGCAACACUACUGCCGAAAACGGGUCUGGUGGUUCCGACGCUGUCCUCAUACUAGAGGCUCCGUCCAGCGAUGACCCUAUAGAGAAGAAGAAACAACUUCUCAUGGCGAUCGAGAAAGCUAAAACUUUGGCUAAUGACGAAAAAACCUUAUUAGAUAUGAAAAGAAGACAGAAGAAGGACGUGAGUGGUAGCAAAAGACAACCUGGUGAAUUUGGCAAGCCGGUUUUCGCGGAAUCUAAGACAUCCGUUCUUCAUAGCCUAAUGGAUGCGGACGCCGCGGGCAUCAAAAAUUUCGAAAAUAACCUUACCGGCAAAGCAAGCACGGAGUCACCUAUGUCUAAUCUCUCAAAUCAAGACCGUUUACGCCUCAACUUUGGUAGAGAUCUAAACUUCUGUCUGCCGCCACGAGAAAGGGCUUAUGAACUUUUCGAAACAUAUCACACCACCGUGCAUCCAAUCAUCCCGCUGAUCAAUAUCCUUAAGUUUUCCAGAGGCCUCGAAGCAUUUUGGCUAGAAUUUGAUCGCGGUGAACCAGCAGACACCGAAUUUCUGCUGAUCCUGCUUCCCGUACUUUACGCUGCAUCCAAAUCUCAGUUUCAUCAGUUCAACGAUAACGAUGAACUUUUCAGGGAAAUGACCUCAUUUUUCGAAGCUGCUAAUGUUUUGUAUGCACUGUAUGAUUUCCCGAACACUUUCAACAUCAACAUGAUAACCGGAUCUGUUUUGAUCAACUCCGUCAUCGAAAACCCCAGCAUAACCAUGGUGGCUCAGUUGUCACGGCUUGCGCAAAAAACAUUGCUUACACGCGAUCCUGCCAGUUAUCAUGGAAUAGUAGAUCCGGAUAUAAUUCAAUCACGACGCAUCCUUUUUUGGCAGAUUUUUCAGCUGGAUACAAUGACCUCGUUAUACAACAACUUACCACCACUCAUUAAAUUGGAUGAUUUUGACACUGUAAGGCCUGCUGAGGUAGUGAAUGGAGAACUAAAUCCCAAUCUAUGUCUGCUGAAUGCAAAACACAGAUUUGUCAUAUUGCUCAAUGAACUGUGUUCGCUCACUAAUAGAGGCACGUUUCAAGGCCUGAAAGAGCGGAUUGUCGAUCUCCAUGUUUGUUGUAUGGGCAGCGCUUUAUCUCUGCGUAAUAAUGGCAAACAGGUGGGACAGCAAACAUCCAAUGAAGCCAAAUUUGUUGAUUGGGCAGUGUUCAUGCUGAAUACGUUUGCGGACCGAGCCUGUCUGCUACUUCAUCUAAACAUUAUCAAGGCGUCUCUCCCGAUGCUUAUGAAAAGAAGACGACUAUGGAAGCAAGAAGAGGUGGUGCGACAUGGGAAUUUCUCGGACCCUAUUUCAGAAAGCGGCUACGGCAAGAACUUUUUGACCAUACAAGCGAUCUUAAAUGACAGUGGUAACUUAACAUUGGAUCACACUCUGGGGGAAGGAUUGGAUGGAUUAACAAAUACAGGACUUGUGUACAAUUAUGAGGAUCUCACCAACAACCUUGUGCCUGCCUCGCUUCACUACUUGGACGAAUUUUUAAAAUACCAUACGGACGAUUCAUUCUCAUGUUAUAACUGGGAGCUUCUGGUGGGUAAUAUGCCUAUUAAUGCGAUUACAUUUGCCAUCAAAACUCUAGCAUUGGACCUUAAUCGCGCUCAGCAGAUGGAUCAAAUCUUGAUUUUACAACAUGAUUUAAGAUAUAUUCUGCUUUCGAAAGCAAUUCCAGUGGCAGAGAUGAAAGUGGACCCCAAGACCGCGGUGUGCAAAAACUGCUUUCAACUCAUUAAGCUUCUGUUCAAACUUAUUAUUACCAAGCAUGGGAAUUACCUGGAACAGAAGAGCAAGGCCCAGAUAGAUACUUCCAAGCUAUUUCACAGCAAAUACGAUAUUGGAAAUUCUACUUUGACGAACGGACGUCCUGGUGUCGUUCCACAGCCGAGCGUGGGGUCGAUGAGCGGCUCCGCAGCUUCUUCUGGGACGUCACAACCUUCCAACACAGGGGAUAUGGACUUUAAUCGGGACGCGAAUCGAAUUUUGAGCAUAACAAGCAUUACAGAUGGAGAGGACUUUUUGGGCGAUGGGUUUUCAUUUUCGGGUAAUCUUAUCUACAACAACAACUCACUCGACACUUCCUACACAACGUCGUGCGCGCAAAUCGCGCCUCGCACCAUGCGAGCGUUGGCAACAACACCUCAUAGCCAGCCGAUGUACCGUUCGUUUGACGACAUCGGUUUUGUUGGUUCUCAGGCUUCUGCAAUGGAUUCAGGCUUACCAAUGAAUACCGUUUACACGACGAAUUCGUUCGCCCGCGACGUUGCCAACGAACCGACGCCAAUGACGGUACCAACUCCGCAAGAAACUUCUGUAGAACCCAUUAUGGCCCCGGGUUUAGCCCACCCAGGUGGCUUGUACGGCAUGGUAGCUUCCCCAGAGGGCAAAAGUACGUCUGUUGAACCACAGCAGGGAAUGGAGUGGAUACGUCAAGAGGUGGAGCGGUACAUUCUACUGCUAAACCGCGACAGGGGUCAAAUGGACACAAUCGGGACUGGAGAUGAGUAUUACCGGGAAUUCGAAAAUGCCCUUUUGGAAAUCAUAUGUGGGAUUCUCAGCUGCUGA